CGGGCUCGGCCGGCGCUCCGCGUCCCCGCUGCGCCGCUGCGCGCCCGCCCGCCGAGCGCCCGCUCCGGGCCGGCGGGGGCCUCCGCGGCGCGCGCGCGCGCGCGCGGGGCCAUGGUCGUGGCCCCCUGACGGGCCGCGGCCGCCUCCAUGAAGCGGAAGAGCGAGCGGCGGCCGACCUGGGCCGCCGCGCCCCCCUGUUCACGGCGCUGCUCGUCGACCUCGCCGAGCGUGAAGAAGAGCCGGAGCUCCACGUCGCAGGACCUGCACCGCCUGGACCUCCAGGAUGACCUGUACCUGGACAUCACUGAUCGCCUUUGUUUUGCCAUUCUCUACAGCAGACCAAAGAGUGCAUCAAAUGAACAUUAUUUCAGCAUAGAUAAUGAACUUGAAUAUGAGAACUUCUACGCAGAUUUCGGACCACUCAAUCUGGCAAUGGUUUACAGAUAUUGUUGCAAGAUAAAUAAGAAACUCAAGUCCAUUACAAUGAUAAGGAAGAAAAUUAUUCAUUUUACUGGCUCUGAUCAGAGAAAACAAGCUAAUGCUGCUUUCCUUGUUGGAUGUUAUAUGGUUAUAUAUUUGGGGAGAACUCCUGAAGAUGCCUAUAGAAUAUUAAUCUUUGGCGAUACAUCCUAUAUCCCUUUCAGAGAUGCUGCCUACGGAAGCUGCAAUUUCUACAUUACUCUUCUCGACUGUUUUCAUGCAGUGAAGAAGGCAAUGCAGUAUGGCUUCUUAAAUUUCAACACAUUUGACCUUGAGGAGUACGAACACUAUGAAAGAGCAGAAAAUGGAGAUUUAAACUGGAUAAUACCAGACCGCUUCGUUGCCUUCUGUGGACCUCACGCAAGAUCCAGACUUGAAAGUGGUUACCAUCAACAUUCUCCUGAGAAUUACAUUCCAUAUUUUAAGACUCACAAUGUCACUACCAUUAUCCGUCUGAAUAAAAGGAUGUAUGACGCCAAGCGCUUCACGGAUGCUGGGUUUGAUCACCACGAUCUUUUCUUUGCGGACGGCAGCACCCCAACCGAUGCCAUUGUCAAAGAGUUUCUGGAUAUUUGUGAGAAUGCCGAGGGUGCCAUUGCCGUGCACUGUAAAGCCGGCCUCGGUCGCACAGGCACUCUGAUAGCCUGCUACAUCAUGAAGCACUACAGGAUGACAGCCGCCGAGACCAUCGCGUGGGUCCGCAUCUGUAGACCUGGCUCUGUGAUCGGGCCCCAGCAGCAGUUCUUGGUCAUGAAACAAGCCAGCCUCUGGAUAGAAGGGGACUACUUUCGGCAAAAGUUAAGGGGACAGAAGAAUGGAGCACAUCGGACAGCUGCUGCCUUCUCCAGACUCCUCUCGGGUGUUGAUGACAUUUCAAUAAAUGGUGUGGAGAAUCAGGACAAGCAGGAACCUGAACCGUACAGCGAUGACGAGGAAGUCAGUGGAGUGACACAAGGUGACAGACUCCGGGCCCUGAAAAGCAGAAGACAAUCAAAAACUAACACUAUCCCGCUCACAGUAAUUCUCCAGUCCAGUGUUCAGAGCUGUAGAACACCUGAACCUGACAUUUCUGGCAGUGCAGGCAUUACUAAAAGAACCACCCGAUCUGCUGCGAGGAAAGGCAGUUUUAAAAGUCCCUCUCUGUCAAGGACUAAAACAGUCUUGCGUUAAGUUAAAAACCUGUGACCAGAAGUGCCGGAGACUCUGGGAACACAAAACUCCGACAAGAUGUAGCACAAUUUCUUUGAGAACAAAACAAACUGCAGACGCCUUAGCCGCUUUCCACCUAAGAAGCUCAUUCGGAGAAGGAAAGACCCACCGGCGUCUGGUGCCACUGAGCCCGGGGUGCGGCGGUGGCGCGAACGGCUUGGCUCUCCUUUCUCUAGCAUUGUCUCGAGUUAAACCACAGAACACUCUUGUAACCCCAGCUCAGGUGUCAGUCGCCGCCUCUGCCGUCCAGAGAGCUGCCCGGUGUGUGUGGCCUGUGUCCCCAUGACCGCAGUCCCCUUGGCUGCUGGCCUUCAGGAGAGCGGAGCAUCUGAGGGUGCACCUUGAUGCCUUGGUCUUCUCCUGCCCCGCGGCCCCGCAGACGCCUUCGUGGUCCUUUCCACACGGGAUACUGUUCAGUUCCCCGUCCUCCCUUUUCUUUUUGACAUACUGUUGUGACAUUCCCUCUGUGAAGUACCCAAGCUGCUUGUCUUCCACCAAAGAGUGCUUUAUUACCAGAACCUGUGAAAGCCACACCUGCACACUGUCGCACGCUGUCCCACCCCGAGGUACUUGGGCCACCUCAGACUUGCCAGAGAAUUUGAAUGGAAGCUUUAGACGACUCAGGAGGAGAAGCUGGUGUCCGAGUUGGAAGGCGAUGGCGGGUCCUUCCUUUCCGAUGUCAUUUAGGGACUGAAGAAGUGGAAGGCUCUGCGCUCCUGCGUGGCCCAGCCAGGCAGAGUAAAGUAGUGUUUUCCUCUAGACAUGAAGAAACAAGCCCGCAUGCACACACGCACGCACACGCACACUUGCACACACACGCACGCAUGCACACGGCACACAUGCACACACGCACACACGCACACACGCAUAGUGGGGCUUUGCCCCAGGAAACCGCCAUCUCACAUCGUGGUGGCUUUAAAAAGAAAACUAUCAACAGGUUUUCAGAGUCUUUCUGAACCGCCGUGGGUUUUCCUCCUGAGCCAUCGGGCCGAGGCCGAUGUUGUUUGGGGCUUCAGUAGUUGGCAGUGAGCCCCUACCGCUGCCUUUGGUCAGGGAGUCCAACAGUAACUGUGCCUUGUCCCCUCACCUCCUGGAGCACCACCACGGGGGCUGUGACCGCAGCAGUCACACAGUUUAUCUGCUGCUUAAAAAAACGGGGCCCAUGAAGAACAUUUUGCAAGCACCUUCCCUGAGGAGCGAGCGCUUUUCCUCUGUGGUGACCACACUUUCCUGGCUAGUCUAGAAAGGGCGCUAUCGGAAGGCGGCUCCGAGCACCACCUUCCUCCAAAGACCAGAUGAAUGUAUGGAGGCGGGAUCCCACGCACAGAGCAGCCUUGCCCAUGAGUGGGACGUGGGACAGGAUGAAGUCAUCGAGAGGUGGCUGCGCCUGUUGCAGGGUUUCUGCCUUGGAGAGAAGCGUGGCAUGUACAGGCACUGAGGGCAAAGGUAGGGUGCCAGUAUUUCCACACCCAGUCCUGUCAGGCCAGCUUCUAAACCUUAGGGACUAGGUCACAGGAAAGCAGUGGUUUUCUGUGCCUGGAGGCAGACAGGCCCAGGAGCUGGCUGGGAGGAGGAGCACCCGUGGGCUGAGGCCAGGCUGAGCACGCCAGGAGUGGGCUGCAGUGUCUCAGGGACACCUUGCCAGGGCCACCUCCUCCCCAACUAGCCACAUGCCCAUCUGAAUCAGGCUCUCUCCUGCAGCAGAAUGAGCAUGCAUCUACCCACAUGCUCCUACCAAGCUGGCCCCUCGUGUGGGCAAGCCAGCUGGGUUUGGGCCAAAGCCUUUGGUGACCACAGCGCUUUCCUCUAAGUCGCCUUUUUGUGUCGGCCUCUCAGCUCUCCAGCUAAAAUCGCUAUCACUGUGGCUCUUGCCAAACAUCCCUGUGUCACUAGCUCACUGAAAUGAGUCCGAGGCUGCUUUGGAAGACACAUUCCUUGGGGUGCCAGGUAAGCAGGGCCAGGGCCCAAGAAGGAGCUCAUAGCAACAUUACUAAGCUUUUGGGGACAUGUGUAGGAUCCAGAAGGCUCUGGGUCUGACCUGCUGUGAAUAAGAGCAAACCCCGUCCCACCUGAAACCACAAAACACCCACAUCUUCUGGGCCUCCAAUUUGGGGGUCCUGCUGAAGACCCUGUUGCUGUGGAAGAUGAGGCAGUGCUCAUCAGGCUGAGCAACGAGCGAGCCUUAGAUAGCUUUGAGAGCACACCAAUCCCGCUUCCAGGGAAAGUGAAAUCAGAAACAAGUAUUGAUAGGUGCCCUUGACUCAGAUCAUCAAGAGUCAGGGAGAGACCCGGGGUGGAGUGUCUACAAAACUGGGCUCCUGGAAGUGUGGACAGACCCAUGGAAUACCAAGACAGACUCGAACCCUGCUCCCUACAGGGGACAGAGUCACGGUGAGCCAUGCCUCAUUCAAAGGUGGCCUUACUUGCCCAGCGUGGCAGCUUUACUUGUCUCUAGACUUUUCUGGUUACGAGCUUGAGCCUUUCACCUCCCCCCAUCUGCCCCACCCACCCGCUGCCCCUGUCCCGGGGUGUUUUCUACCUCUUGGUUCAGGCCCAGACUUGUCUCCGAGGUCUUCCCAGUGUCCCCCUGAGGCCCUCGUGCCUGCUCUGGGGCACAUUGUGGGCCUGCAGGCCACGGGGGCUGCGGGUGCCCUGUGCCAGGAGUUCUGGAGCCUUCUCCCCUCUGUAGAGUGGCCGUCUGUGACAGGUGAGCAGUGUGCUUACCUGAUGUUCUAGAAGGACCCAGCUGCUGCUCUCUCUCCCUGUUAUCUUCCCUUAGUGCAUUUAAAAAGCAAUGCUCAUCAAACUUCCACCUUAAAAACAUGGAAUUUUCCAAAUAGUUCUUAGCAACUGAGAUGUCCUGGUGAGGCCCCUGCUGCUCCUCCAUUUCCCCCGCCUCUAAGUGGAAAUACUAGGGACAUGUCUAAAAGACUGGACAGUUCGCCCAUACUGUGUAGGACAUUACCUCCUUAUCACCCUUAGAGAGUACUGCAGUUUUAUAUUAAUUAUUUGCAGACUUUUACCUAAUGUGCACUCAUGUACAGAUUAUUAAAAGUUUUAAAAUAUAACUGAUUAAUCAGUAUUUGAGCAAUCAUUGUUUUGAUUUUUUUAUUAAAAUGUAUAUUUCUAAUCAUAUUUUUUAAAGCUGAGAGAACUGGUUGAAUGUUUAUUUUCCUGACGGUAUUUUUAAGAUACAGCUUCAUAAUGGCCUGCAGACUUUGCAUAUAUAUGUGGUUUGAUACAUACUGUUGCAUUUGAAAAUCUUGUGUAUUGGAAAUGGUUUUAUACGAAACACUGAAUAGUGGAAAUUGUACAAUUACAAUCGUGUAAUUAAAAGUAUUAACCAAAGA